UUUUCUAAAAUUUAUCAGAAAUUUUUUUUUAGAAUUUUUUAAAAGUCAUUAUAGCAACAAAAAGAAAAUGUUUAUUUAUAUGCCUUGUAUAUUUUGGCAUGAUCGUAAAGGAAUAUUAUUUAUUGAUGUUUUACAAAAUUCAACAGCUUCAGGAGAAGAUUUAGUUCCAAUAUAUAAAAUUGUCACAGCCAGCAUUCAAAAAGAAAUUCGUGUUUGGAAUUUCCGUUUUGAUCCAAUUGAAAUUUCUGUCCCGAAAAAACAACAAAUUGAAGAGUCAAAAGAAGAAGAAGAAAAUAAACAACCACAAAAUGAAGAUAGUAUUGUUUUUGUGGAUUCUAAAGGAGAAAAGGAAGAGGAAAAAGAAAAUGCCGUGAAAGAUAAGGAGGAUGCUAAUAAAAUUUUGGUGAAUGAGGAGAAGAUGCAGCAACAAAAUCAGCAAGGUUUUUGUAAAAUUUUUGGGGUUUUUAACUGGGUAAUUAUUGUUAGAGGUCCACAUCGAAGUCCUAUUCCUAAAAGACUCCCCAGAGGAUCUACUUCAGCUUUAUCGACACCAUGUUUUAUUCAUAAGUAUAAUCAGGGGAUAUGA